AUGUUCUCUUCGAACAAGUUCUUCGACAGUAUUGCCUUCUGGAAAGAAAAGCAUGAGAAGUCAGAGGAGGAAAAAGAACAGCUACAGAAUACUGUUUUUAUGUUAGAGCAACGCAUCAAGAGCCUGCAGUCUGAGAACCCCGCUGAGAAGGAACCUGCUGCCGGAGAACCUGCUGAAAAGGAAGCUGCUCCUGCUUCCAAGAGAAGCAAGCGUAAGGCCCCGGUGAACGCGUCUCAAAGCAAGCAACGAAAGCGAAAGCGAGGCCGGCCAAGCAAGGAUGAGAGCCCUGGUGAAGAAAAGUUUAUGGACCCUCUCCUCUUCACCCUCAAUUAUGAUCAAGCUCAGCGCAUUGCCUAUGAAAAUGACCCUGAUUCGCUCAAUAAAGGAGGCAAAAAGCCAUAUAAAGACGUCUGCUCGCAAGCUGCGGAUUGGAUAAAUCCCGGACUCAUGAGGCAACUAUACCGUCUGAAGUGCUUCAUCCUGCCAAAGAAGUGUGCACAGCAAGAAGUCACCACCGAGGCUGUCAUCCUGUGCAAGUUAGCAGAGAGGGAGAUAUUUAUUGCGUUGAGUGCCAAAUUGACACAGGAAAUAAGUUUCGAGACGCCUGAAGAUAAGUACGUCGCGCAGGGCCCUUCAAUGAGAGAGAUUGAACCUACCAUUGACGCAAUUGCGCUGGCCUUUGCACAUGUCCUCCAAGCUCUGGCAAAAGUGGCGGAAGACCGAGAUGAUGCCACAUCCAAGGGGCGAAUCAUUUACCACCUGGUUUGCCUCUUCGAGUCCACAAUGAAGGCCGUUAGUCUAGGCUGCAUGGCACCUUACAAACACAUGCAGACGGCUCGAAAGAUUCGGCUCCUGCUAGCCAGGAUGUUCACAUACUUGGACACCGCGCGCGUUGAAGACCGGGAAGUCCUUGAAGGAUGCCUCCAGCUUCUGCUCAGUCGUCUGGGAAAGCUAGUAGCAUUGAAGACUUUCCAGGUCCCUGGGUUAGCACAUUUUCCUGCCUUGUCUUCUGAUCGAUCGCGAUUCAUGAUGGACGGGAUGGGGGAGCUGGGUCCUGAACCUGCUUCCCGCGAGGGAGAGUAUCUCGUUGAUGUCUUGAAAGUGGCCUUGUGUUCCCAACCCGGCUAUUUGCCUAUGCGGGAGUCAUCAAACAAAAAAUCAGAUUUCUUCCACGCAAACAAAACUCGCAUGCAGAAGACGCUUCUUCAAGCAAUCUUCGGCUCUGAGGACCCUUUCCUUCAAGGAGGACUGGCUCCUCCUGCAACGCCACCCCCCAGUGAUGACAGGCGAGAUCGUCGGUCUACAUGCUUUGAUGAGUUAUUUCUAGAGGAACUUUGGGACCUCCUGGGCUGGGAUGUGCUAACUCGUCAAUGUGGGAAGCACGGCACGGCUUCCGAGUGA